AUGCCCUCACUGGCUACCCGUCCUACAAGAUCCAUGGAUGAUUUUGUUUUAACUCAAGUCCACGACUCUGAGACUAAAGCAUUUACUAGGUCGAAAAAUGCCGACUCGUGGAAAAGUCAGCUCUCAGUAGAGGAAUACGUCAUGAGAGAGCAUGUAUUGGGUCUCUCGAAAAUGGCCUCUCUGGGUGGUCACGAGUUGAUGGUAUUUAUUAUGACGAAAAAAGAUGAGCCUGAUGUUCCAUUGUGCUCUUGUGAGCUUCUUGUAAGGAAGGCAUAUAGAUACACAAAGACUGACACUGGCGUGGAACGCAGAGAUGUAAUGUCUGGAUGUAUUGGUGCAGUCUUUACUUAUAAGGAACACCGUGCAAAGGGCUAUGCUUCAGUAAUGAUUGACCAUUUGGUGAAGAUCGCCAAAAGUCCACUGGUGUUGGGAGAAGAUGGUUUCAUUUUCUUGUACUCCGAAGUUGGAGAGUAUUAUACUCGUAAUGGCUUCAAGUCAUUCCAUGUCCCUCUUGCAAAAUUUGCUAUUCAACAAAUCUAUAGAUUUGAAUUGCCACCGAACGUGGAAUUGAUUAAGUUCCAUGAGUUCGAGAGAGACUUCAAAGAGUACAGCAAAGAUCUCGAUGCAAAGAUUAGACAAAGUGUUUCCGAGGACGGAAUUGAGCGUAUCACCACUGCUUCCAAUGAACACUACGUUGACUGGUUUCAUCUUCGAGUUAAAUACAUCGCCCACAAGCUCUUCGACAAAAACAAGAGUGACUGGGAUUUCUCAAGCGAGACUAUUGAGUCGCUUGCUACAAAGUUCAAAGAUACGAAACCCGAGUACUUUGGUCUCAGAUUAUUUUGCCCCAAUUCUGGCACAUAUAAGGGUUUUAUUGUCUGGACUUACGACUACGAAUUUAAUGAGGAAGAGAAUAAGUUUCACAACUACGUCACUGUCAUCAAAAAAUUUGUUGCACCAGAAUACAAUGAAGAUGAAACCACAUUGGAGCUCUUCCUGCUCAUGACUAAAUUCUUGGGAUCCAAACACGAGGGACAUCAAAUGUCCAACAUGGAACAAGUCAAAUUGUGGGAGUCUGAGGUGUCACCUUCAGUCAUGGAUUCCAUCAAGCAAAUGUAUGGCGCUAAAGGUGGUCUCGAAAAUGGCUCGAGAAGUGCUAUUUUAAUUAAUAGAAAGGAGGACGACAUCAAAAUGAGAGAAGGUAAGAUUGUUUGGGAGGAUAAUACGAAGCUUUUGUGGUUCUAG